AUGUCAAUAACAAGUUUAAUUACUUUUAUUCCUUUAAUUCAAUCAAAAGAACGAAAUUUAAUUCGAAUAGAAAGAACUCAUGAAAUCCCAACAAAUGUUUGUCUUGUUGCUAGUGGGCCUUUUGAAGGAAUUAUUAUUAAUAAAUUGGUUGAAAAUUAUGAAGAACUGCCGACCCAAUUCCCUUGUUCAUUUUCUGUUUGGAUAAGUAGUGAUGGUGGGAAGACUUUAAAACAAGAAAUCCGUUCUUUUCGUUUUUGUUUCUUCAACAAUAUUCAAUUGGCUUUACGUGCAGAAACUUCCCAGCGUUUUAUUAAAAAUAUUUUUGAAAGAAAUUUUCCUAAAGAUUAUGUUAGUUUUUUUAAAUUACUUUUGCGGCUUAUGAAGGAAGACUAUCCACAAUUACGUGCCAUAGACGUUGAAAUGAAGUUUGCUGCUGGGAGUGAAAAAAUGGCGAUGCCUAAUGCUAAACAAUUUAUAAAUGACGGUGAAUUAGAGAAUUUAACAUCUAGCCACGUCAAAGAAGCACUUGAACAUGCCUAUCCAAAUAGUGUAACAGAAGAGGAUUUGGCCGAAUCUUUGCGUUGUUCUGUUGAAGAAAUUCGCCAUUUUCUUUCAAUUUUGGAAAAAGAGGGGCAUAUAGAGCAAUUACCAAAUCAAAUUGGAGAAUGGAUUAGAAAGGCUUAUAUACCUGAACCUCAACACAAUAUUCAAGAUAAACAUCCACAGACUGUUGCAAUUAUUACUUGUUUGUUCCCAGAGAAACAAAGUGUCGACACAAUUAUAGAAAAUAGAACAACUAAACAUAGUUAUUCAAAGACUGGAGAUUCUAAUGUUUACACAAUUGGAAAAAUCGCUGGGCAUAAUGUUGUCGCAACAAAACUUUCGAUGAUUGGAGGAGAUAGAAUGGCUGCAACAUCUGCUGGUUCAAUUACAACACGUUUAUUGGGAGCAUUUCAACAUGUCGAACAUGUUAUAAUUGUUGGAAUAGGUGGAGGAGUGCCUCAUUAUACUGACCCGGAAAUGCAUAUUCGACUUGGAGAUGUUGUUAUAAGCGAUUCUGGAAUAGAUGAUAGCAAUAAACGUCAAAUAGGUUCUUAUGUAUAUGCACACAAUAUUAAUUGUAAUUGGAAAACUGGAGAAAUUGAGGGUUUGGUAGUUAGAGAUUGGCUGCCUAAAGACAAUGUUUUGGCUAGGACUGUUAGAAAUGGGCAAAAGCAAGAUUUAUUAAAAGAUUGGCAUUCAAAUUCAAAAGAAUUAAUUUCUCGUUUAAACGAAGAACAUAAAGAUCAACAACUUGAUUUUUCUCGUCCUCACCAUGAAACGGACGUUUUGACAAUGUUAACUGCUGAAGGAAAUAUUGUUGUUUUUCCCCAUCCAAAUGCAAGCAGAAUUGACCCUCUUUUUCAUUUGGGGCCUGUUGGAUCUAUGUUUACAUUAGCACAAAAGCCUCCAAAAUCAGAAAAUGAAGUUUCUUCUCCAAAUCAAAGCUCUCCUUUAAAAUCUGCUAAACGUCAAAAUAGCCCAACUAAAAAUGGUCAAAAUGGAACAAAUUCUGAAAAAGAAAAUGUUGAGGGAAAGGGAGGAGAUGUUAAUCAAUUAAAUAUUAGUAAUAAUAGUGAAGAAAGUGCUGGAUUGGUUAAUGCCCAAGUUAAUCAACAAUUGAGGGAAAGAUUUAUUUCCGAAUAUCAUGUUCGUGCCUAUGAUGCUGGUUUUGACUCUGUUAUUGCUGCAAUUGAAGGUUCAAGGGUAGAUUCUUGGGUGCUAAUACGUGGAGUGGCUGAUUACCAACAAGCAUUAUGCUUCUGCAAAUGCUGCAGCUAUGGUUAA